UACUCAGCAACCAUUCGUUACUUCACCCAACCAUUCUUAUAUUUAAAAACAAUACUUGAUUACUCUCAACUAAUCAAAAUAACUGUAUUGUCUUUAGUCAGUCGUCGAACCUAGUCAAUAAAUAUUCAUGUCACUUAAUUCGUUCUAUUCACUCAAUUCAAACAUAGUCCAACAAUGAAAUGGUUAAUGAAUAAACUUUGUUCUUUACUUGUUGCAGGUUAAUUAACAAAAACACUCGGCGAAAUUGGAAACUAGUCCAGCUAAGUGUUUUAUAAUUAGUUAAAGUUAAAUCGAGUUUAAGUGAGUCUAUAAUAUAAGUCACAUUAUAAAUUAGAUAUGUGAAUUGUUAUAAGGUUAAAAAGUGAAAUAAAAAAAAACGUAUUUCGAUAAGUAAAUUUAAAUUUGAAAAUGGAAUCGUGUAAAACAAAAGAUAAGUUGAUGGUUAAAUGGAAGUUUAAGUGUUAAAUUCGGGACCAAAUUUAAAAAAAUCGUAUUUAAUUUUGGAAUUAGAAUUGGGAAGUUGAAUUUAUAAAUUAAAAAUGGAGAAAAAUAACGAGCCUUCGCCGUCGACUACGCCUAAGGCGCCUUCACCGCCUCCUCCGGGACAUACGCCUAGCAAGAUGGAGCGAAGAAUGUCACAUUUCAAGGAGUACAAGUUCUUCAGGAGUUUCAGCGCAAAAGUAGAGAACUGGCCUAUGAGGAAAGCUGAACAACUAUGGAGGAAAAUGCGAGAACGAAAAAUUGCAGAGAUCGAAGCAGCAGAAGCAUGCAAAUGGCUAAGGGCUGCUGGCUUCCCGCAGUAUGCGCAGAUGUACGAAGAUCUCCAGUUUCCAAUAGAUGUAUCAGGCGUUCAGAACGACCAUCCGUUCUUGGACGCGGACUCCCUUCAAUCACUAUUCAGACGUCUUACAGCUCUGAACAGAUGCGCCAACAUGAAGUUAGAACAUCAUCAUCAUCAAAAGAGAUCCAACGACUCUGACGAUGAGCAAUGCGCGCUGAGUGAUAAAUGGCAGUACGAGAGGAAGUCGCGUCGAUGGUCCAGGGUGGUGGAGAUCACGCCACAAGCACAGAGGCGGUUACAGGUGAUAGCAGCUCGAGCAUUAGCAGAAAGAGAAGCUAGAGAAGCGAGGGGAGAAGUAGAAGAUGAUGAAGACGAAACUCUUCCCACAAUAAGAGUGGGGCUUGUUGAUCCAGAGGGAAACUAUACUGAUGUUGAACCAGAUCUAUUAACAGUACCAGGCCAAACAAUGAUACAGUUACCAAGUGACAAAGAAGAUGAAGAGGAAACCGGCACUCGUUUCCGAAGAACUGGCUCCGAGAGGCUAAGAGACGGUGCCAAAGCUUUACUCCGAAGAGUGGAAUCCCUCAAAACUAGAAGAAGAAAACGGCAGAACCGGACUGAAGUCAUCGUAUCUUCUCCGCACUUUCUGGACGUGCAGCAGGAUAAAUAUGCCGAUCUGAGCUACAUAGAUAUGACUCCUACGACUCCAACUGCCUUUCCAUUCCCUGACUUCCAUAGUUCUCCUGUCCACGCUCCUGCUAUCAGAACUCAACCACCAUCUCCCAUGACAGUCAUGCCUCCAUCGCCAAUCGCUCCUUUAGAACAAUCCUUUGUCCUGAACGCUCCUUUUGGUGAUGACAGUUCCAGUUACGCCUCUGAUGGCAGUAUGGGGUCCAGUAAUAAGAGUUCCAAGUCUAAAUUGGGAAGGGCAAAGAGGAUCUUCCAUAGAGGGAUUAAGAAUGAUGACUCCAGUGCACUCAGUGAUUCGGAGUGCCAGCCAGCCAGUUGGAGACAUAACUAUUAUAAGGAUCAUAAUACUCAUCAGAAUACUGAGGUUUACGUGGAGCCUCCUUCUCCAGUGGAACUAAAGCCAGACCCUGAAGUGCUCAGAGAAGUCCAGAAGUCACCAGGUCACACUCAUCACCGACGGCAGGCUAUAAGGACCAGCUCGCUUAAUUUAGGGAACGAUGGCAAAAAGUUUCGUGAUAGAAGUCUGAAGAGGGAUAAGUCGGCAUCCAGGAGUUCUGAACUGGACAGCAGCCCCAACUCAGCAGGGUCCAGGUCCCAUGAUGGAGAUCAGGACGAUGACGAUGACAGUCUGGAUAUUAAGAGCAAGAAAAACAACAUUCAGCGAUGGUACUCAUUCAGGACAAAUGCACUCAAUGGAGGACCUAAAGCUAACAAUACGUUGACACCAACUCCCAACCAGAAGGACCCGGAUUCGUAUCUAUCUCGACCAAUGUCCUCACUCUCAUGUGGACAGCUCCAUAUUCUGAGGAAGCUGGCACUCCUCCGUCUGACAGCCUGCAUGGAACGCUACUGCCCCUCACACAAAUCUGGCUGGAAUUGGGAACUGCCCAAACUUAUAAGGAAGAUCAAGACUCCUGAUUAUAAGGAUAAAACAGUGUUUGGUGUACCCCUAACCGUGUCACUGCAGAGGACAGGCCACGCGUUACCUAAGCCGAUACAAUGUGCUUUGAACUGGCUUAAAAAUAACGCUUUGGAUCAGAUGGGUAUAUUCCGAAAAGCAGGAGUGAAAUCAAGAAUUGCAAAACUGCGGACGACGGUAGAAGCAGCUGGGGCUUCAAAUGCGAGUUUUGCUAUAGAAAACCUAAAUACGAUAGACCCAAAUCAAUCUAGUCUGAACUUUGAUGGAGCACAAGCGCACGAUGUUGCUGAUAUGGUGAAACAGUACUUCAGGGAGCUCCCUGAUGCCUUACUCACGAAUAAACUGAGUGAGACGUUCAUUGCUAUAUUUCAACAUGUUCCUGAACCCUUGAGGCCAGAUGCGGUACAAUGUGCAUUACUUCUGCUACCAGAAGAACAUUUAGAAGCUUUGCAUUCGUUGUUGAUAUUCUUAGCAGAGGUGGCAGAACAUUCAGCAGUAAAUCAAAUGACAGCAUCAAACCUGGCUGUCUGCUUAGCCCCUACGUUGCUGAGGCUGCAUCAUGCGCCACCACAAACUGGUAGCACUAAAGAAGGAAAUUCCAAUAGAAUGGUUAUCGAGAGUGUAGCAGACCAGCGCCAGAUCAGCGAGAGCCGAGCAGCGCAUGCGUGUCUCCUACUCCUUAUCCAGAAACACCAGCAGCUGUUCUUAGCACCAGCUGAUAUGCUGGCCAGGUGCAAGUUCAAUUACUUCGAAGAGAGUGUUCCGGUCGCUUUAGAAGAAUUGGGUGCAGACUUCAACCAAGACUGGAAAGGUUUCCAGCAAGCCUGCAUAAAAGCAUUACUAAAAGAAGCCAAAGAAAAAACACGUGGGUGGAUGUCGGUAUCAGGGGCCGCUCCUCACGUGGAACUGUGUUGUAAGAAAGUUGGUGAUGGACAUCCGUUAAGAUUAUGGAGAGCAACUACAGACGUAGAAGCGCCGCCACAGGAGGUUAUGCAAAGGAUACUCCGAGAGCGGCACAUUUGGGACGAUUCAUUGGUUAAAUGGCGCGUUGCUGAGAAGCUCGGUACCAACGCUGAGGUGUUCCAGUACGUCACGGCCUCAAGCAUAAAUCUACCGUCACGAGAUUAUUGUGUGUUACGAUCAUGGCAGCAGGGCGGUGGAGGUGGCGGUUGGUGCGCAGUAGCCGAGACGUCGGUAGCACAUGCGUCGGCCCCACCUAGCACUUCACGUGGACCGGGAGGAGCUCCCUCCGCGUCUCGAGGAGUUGUACUAGCCUCGCGUUACCUAGCGCAACCCGCUGGUAAAGGACGAAGCAGACUGGUACAUCUAGCCAGAGUUGAUACCAUGGGCCGAACGCCAGAAUGGUACAACAAAUGCUAUGGUCACAUCUGCGCCCUAUAUCUGGCCAGGAUCCGAGCUUCAUUCAAACAUAAUACGGAAGGCCCCGAGUCGAACGUAUGAUCCAAGCAUUCCACUUAAGUCGGUGCCAUGUUGGAACCGACUUAAGUUGACGUUUAAGACGUCAUUGUAAAUAAAGAUUAAAAUUGGAAUUAUAUAAUGGAAUAUAAUGGCUUUUGCCAAAAUUGGGUUGAAUACUAGAGUAUCAUCAACUCUUUAAAAUAUUUCAAUCGAUAAUUAAAUGGGAUAUUAAUAUAUUUAUGUAGAUAUUAUAUUCUUAUCUGUUAUUGAACUAUGAGAGACGAUUUUUCAAGUUUAAUGAAUGAAUACGGGAGAUUUCCUUAUAUUUAUUAGAAUCUUUCAAGUUUCCAACUUCAGAAUGGAAUGAUAAUCAUCUUUCUAUACACGUAUCUAUUAAUAUAUAAAUAUAUUCAAAUCUCUCAUUAUAAAAAAAUAAUAGUUAUAUUCAUAGCGCAUAGUUUUGACAGAUGUUAAAAUAAAUUAUAUUAUACAUAGGUAUACUGGUGGUAUAAUAUAUAUAUUUUCUUGUGAAUGUUAAAUAAGUGACCAAAAUUACAAUAUAGGCAAUAAAAAUUUGGAUCUGAUACGGUCUUAUAGGUUUAAUGAAUGUGGAAAUUAUUAUCGCAAAGUAAAUUGUAAAUAUUUGAAUGGCAUCAUAAUAAUUUCUGGUAUAAUUAAAUUUAUCGCAUAAUAAAUUAGUGUUUAUUAGGAUUUUUGUUUGAUAUUCUCUACCUACCUCUAUGUUACACAUUAUUUUAAAUCCUUGUCCAGAAAAAGGAACUACCAAAAAGCCUGAUUUGUUUGAAAAAUUAGAUUUUAAAAUAGAUUUACCCUGUGGUGCAUUGUAAAUAUAAGAUUAAAUAUUAAAUGUCAUCAAACUCAAUAUAAUUAAAUUAUAGUUAUUGAAUAAUUGUAGUUGUCAAGAAAUCUCGUUGAAUGAUGUUUGAAAAAUAAAAUUAUUCUGUUUUACCAUACCCUAUGUAAAGUUAUCGUUACAUAUCACUAGUCAUAUUAAAUAAAUAAAUAAAUAAAAAUAAUAAUCAAAUAUAUAAAACACAUUUUAACCGUACCUGUCCUGUGUUCAGGAACAUAGUAUUAAAUAAUAUUUAGGAACAUUAAUUAUUCAUAUUAUUAUAUGUAUACAUAAUUAUGAAUAUAUAUUCAAUAAUGGAAAAAAUAUAUGUAUGUAAUUUUUGAACGUUGAGAUGUAUCAAAAUGAAUGUUAUAUUGAAUAAUAUUGUUGUAUGUGUAUUGUAAAAAGUCUGAUUGUAAAUAGUUGCAUUGUUAGCUUUGAUAGAUAAAUGACCAUCACAAUUUUAAAUGUAUUUAGCGUAAUUGCUAUGUCAGGGUGUGUUACAUAUACUGCAGUUCACUUAGCAUUAAUAUUAAAAUAUUUUUAGAGAAUGCAUAAAAUAUUACGUGGUACUGCAAUGUGUAAGGGUUAAUACCCAAUAUCUUCCUAUAUAUAAUACGUCAUUCAGUAUUUGUAUAAGUAAGAUGACUAACAUUAAGGUGUAGAAUAGGGUUUACCCUUUAUAUUGUCUAUCCAAACUAACCACAGAGCAAUAUAUGAAACACAUCCUAACAUUGCCUUGUAAAAAUAUUUUCCAUUAUGGAAAAUAAAUUUGAAGCCAAAUAUCGCAAAAUGAGGAUAUUAAAUCGCUUUUAAAAUAGAUUUAAUGAUAUUUUAAUUAUGAAUUAAUAUGUAAUCUCAAUAUUAUAGUGUUGGUAGUUACCUAUGAUUUGACAAAUUGUUGGUGCAGUUAAUCGUAUUGAUUAUUUUAGAGUGUGAUGUCAAUUCGAGAAACAGUUUGUUAUUUUCUUUUAAGGAUGUUUUAGGGUAAGAAAAAUACUCGGUUUAUGUCGGAAUUUACUUCAAAUAAGUCCUAAUUUAUGCAUACGAGAGAGUCUACAGGUUUCAAUUUCGUCAGAAUGUACAUCUCUCACGUAAUUGCAUUGUACAGGCACAUUGCUAAGUACUCAUUACCUAAGAUUAUAUAAAUCAAAUUAAAUUCGACAUUCUGUUUCUAGAAUUUUCUCCACAUUCGAAGAAUAUUUCGCUCAAAACUAAGAUUGUGAAGUUCUAUUCUUGGUGAGCGAAUUCUAUGUACUAGGUUUAAUUCCACUCUAAGCAUCACAUCAUCAAAAACACUGUAAAUAAAGGCCAGUCACGUGUUAAUCUCACAUAGUAUAUCGAUUCCAAAAAGAUAAAAUAAAUAAGUAUUUAUCAUACAAUUAGUUUCUGAUAAAAUGCACAUUCAUUCCAUGUUAGAAUUUUUCCAUUCUGGAAUUCCAGUUACAGAGAAAAAUGGACAAUUAAGUUAUCCCUACUUAAGAUCCAUAAAUUCGAUUUCUAAAUAUAAAAAAUAGAAUGGAAGUGUAAUUAGAAUCAGUCAUUCCAUAAUUUAUCUUAUUACAAAGUUAAACCAAAUAAUGAUAUUAUGAAAAUGGAAUUAUGUCAAAUAAAUGUUUAAAAAAAGUUAAGAAAAAGAAAGAUUUUGUAGCACAUUAUUUUUUAUCUAUCCGCAAAGGAAUUAACAAGUUUAAAAAAAAGUUAGUGGACAGGUUUUUCUAGCAUUAAUUUGAUAUAAUAUUACAUUACCUGUCAAUAAAAAAUAAAAUAAAAUAAGUAAGUUACUUAUCUAGUUUCUCAAUUUUACCAAUAUUGAUGUUGAAUUGUUCACAGUAUUUUGUCUAUCUAGAGUAAUAGCACGUUCGAUCCGUAUUAUCAUUAUUGUGGAUAAAAAAUAAAUAAAUACGUUUCGCCAAUUAUAAUGAAAUAUGUAACCGUUUAAUACUCCGUGUCUGUUAUAAUAUGUAAAAUAUAAACUAAUGCAUUGUGAUUUUAUUCUUUAUGAAAAUAUAUGGACCAUUGUAUUGAA